UAACUAAAAUUUAUAAGAUUCUAGUCCUCAUCACGAGUUGACUAGUUUAUUUUUUCAGUAUCGAUAAUAUUAGAAUUAAAGAUGCACUUUCUGAUCAUUCUUUCGAUUCUUGUCAUUUGUGGAUCAUCACAAAUAGAUGCGAAACCAAUUAAUGACAAAGAAUUCGCAGAAAAACUUGCCCACGUUGCUAAAGAAGCGAUAAGUCUUGCCAACCGUAUGGAAAAGCGCGUGGAACUCUGUGAAAACCUAUCUCAUCCAAGUACGACUCCAGAAAUUGGAACAACCGAAACUACAACUCAAGUACCUACAACAACCGAAACAACUCAAGAGCCUACAACAACUGAAACUACGACUGAAACUACAACAACUGAAACUACAACUCAAGAACGUACAACAACUGAAACUACAACUCAAGAGCCUACAACGACUAAAACUACAACUCAAGAACCUACAACUCAAGUACCUACAACAACCGAAACAACUCAAGAGCCUACAACAACUGAAACUACGACUGAAACUACAACCGAAACUACAACUCAAGAGCCUACAACAACUGAAACUACAACUCAAGAACCUACAACAACUGAAACUACAACUCAAGAGCCUACAACAACUAAAACUACAACUCAAGAACCUACAACAACUGAAACUACAACUCAAGAGCCUACAACAACUAAAACUACAACUCAAGAACCUACAACUCAAGUACCUACAACAACUAAAACUACAACUCAAGAACCUACAACUCAAGUACCUACAACAACCGAAACAACUCAAGAGCCUACAACAACUGAAACUACGACUGAAACUACAACAACUGAAACUACAACCGAAACUACAACUCAAGAGCCUACAACAACCGAAACAACUCAAGAGCCUACAACAACUGAAACUACGACUGAAACUACAACAACUGAAACUACAACCGAAACUACAACUCAAGAGCCUACAACAACUGAAACUACAACUCAAGUACCUACAACAACUGAAACUACAACUCAAGAGCCUACAACAACUGAAACUACAACUCAAGAGCCUACAACAACUGAAACUACAACUCAAGAACCUACAACAACUGAAACUACAACUCAAGAACCUACAACAACUGAAACUACAACUCAAGAGCCUACAACAACUGAAACUACGACUGAAACUACAACAACUGAAACUACAACCGAAACUACAACUCAAGUACCUACAACAACUGAAACUACAACAACCGAAACUACGACUGAAACUACAACUCAAGAACCUACAACAACUGAAACUACAACUCAAGAACCUACAACUGAAACUACUCAAUUUUUUCUAAACGGUGGCGAUGACUAUUCGAAGCCUAAUUAUAUUUCUCCUAGAUAACUUUUAAUUUAAAUGGUCGAAAGUUCUAUUUCUAUCCUAUUAAAUUAUAAAAUUUUUACAUAUUGCCUCAUGUCAAAAUUAUUUCUAUCAUGUUUUGGCCCUUUACUUCUUUCACUUCAUAGGUGUUAUCAAUCUUUCUUAAACGUCGAUAUUGUCUUUGUUGUUUGUUCCACUGUUUUUAAACUAGGUUUUUUAUUGUCCAUACUAUAUUAUUCCAUGAGUUCUUGCACAGCAAACUCUUAUAGUUAUUACUUAAAAUUAUAACUAAUAGAUAAUCUCUCUCGGCACCGAUUAAAAUGGGUUUGGCAGAAUCAAAAAAUUAAAUCUUAACUUAAUUUAUAUUUGGUAGAAAAAUCUACAAGAUUAGUCAUUAUCUCAAGAAAUCAUUUAAAUCCAUUGAAACGAUAACAAUGCUUACAAUUAGUUCAGUAUUAGUUUUGAAUAAAUUCCACAUCCAAUAGAGCAACUCUAACUGAUGAUCUAAAACAAAUAUCUUCUUAUCGAAAUCUGCCUACUACAUCAAGAAACGUGGGAAUGCUACAUCUUCUAUGCCACUUAUGUAUGCUUCAAGAUUAAGCAAGUAGUAAGCUUACCACAUGCGUAAAGAAUUAUUACAUACAUUAUAUAAUAUGAGUAAUCUAGGUAUGGAGACAACAUAUCUGCGUCCUUACGUCUAGUCUUUAGGCUCUUAAACUACUUUGUAAUCAUAUGAUGUAUGCAAAAAAGUGUCUUAAGUACAUAAAGUAGAUCCCUUUAACUUUAGGGCUUAAAGCGAGCAUGGAUUUAUCCAAGGGGAAAUGUGCACGUGUGUUCUGCAAGAUGGAAGCAUGCAUGUCGGUUAAUUGUGCGGCACUACGUUUUAUAGAAUUCAAGAUAACCAUAACGGCGCCUAAAAUAAGUAUCCAUAAAAAGAAGAACAAAAAAUGAACUUUGGUCUAAUUGGUUUUUCGCUUGGAUACAAAUUUGAUGUUUUAUCUCUUGAAGUUCGAAGAAGUUAUUUUUUCUCAGAUUUGUCGUAAAAUCGUUUUCUGCUGAAGUGUAGAAUAUAUAAAUAUAUAUAUUUAUAUGAAUAUUGUUGACUAGAUAAAUUAACUUCAUUUCGAUAUUAAUUAUUGAUCUAAGUAAAAUUAUCAAUUUGUUCUUUCACAUCAGAAAUUAUCUUCUAAGAACUAUAAAUCUGUAAUAAUUUAAUGGUUUUCUGGUGACUUUCUACAUCUCUUUGACCCAUGAUAUGAUUUCUGAGAAAUAUCAAGUAAUGGAUUAAUAGUGAUAAUUAUAUUAAACUGUCUGGAUGUAAUCGAUAAAGCUCAUGACAAAAUGGAACAUGAGAUACUUAUCAACUUUUUUGUAAGUAAGUGAAAUAAAAGUAUAAUUAAUUUUAGCAUAAUGAACAACUUGUGAUGAGAUUAAAUGACUAAUUGGAGCUUUGAAUUUUAUUUAUAUAUUUUUAUUGAAGUAUUUUACUGAUAGCAAUGAGAAAAUAUUAAUAAAAAUUAAAUGAGCUAGCAUCUGUAAUUAGUUGAAUUGUCAUUAUGAAUUAGAUAAUAAGCUUCAAAUGAAAAAAACUGAAUCCUUGAAUUUGAAAUAAAGGCAUGGAUUAACACUGGGUUGAAAA